AUGAGCAUUUUUCAUCAUGAAGAGCCACCAAAUCCCUCCAAAAGAUGCAAAUUCCUUGCUUCAGCCCUGAAGGAUGCAUUUGCCAAAUGCCAAUCUUUUCGAGGAAGGAAUUCUACUUCGUACCCCCAACAACAACAGGAAGAAGAAGAGCCAGACACUGAUUACAAUGAUGAAGAGGAAGUAUUUGUUUCAGCAAUCAUAAGUAAAUAUAAGGAAUCCAAAUGCAAACGCAAUUCAAGCAUUGCAAAAGAUAGCUUCAACUGGGCAAUCUCGCCAACAGCAGGAGAAUUGUUUGUUACCUCGAAGUCAGUAAAAGAAACAAGCAAUGAAGUAGAUAGAGAUGAAUUUUUCACCAUUGGUAGCCAUCUAUCUCGGUGUUCAAGCGCUACGAGCUUCGAUGCUUUUAUCUCUGUCAAAACGUGCUUUUCCAGGUGUUCAAGCUUAAGUAGGAUCGACAGCUUAAGUAGGAUUGACUACGAAGAUUCUCGUAGACGCUCGAUUAUUCAAGAGUUAUGCCAGUACGAAGGGUGGCCGUUUGGACUUUGCCGGAAGGCCUUGUUGCUGCCUCCUCUGCCCAAGUCCCCAUCUGAUUCUUGGUCGUGGCGAAAGAGUGCUAGAAUGGUAAAGAUACAUUGA